CCUUGGAUUCCCCUCAGUCUUUUGACAGCAGUCAACUAGGAUUCUCACCGUCUCAUAUAACCCAAUUUACAAAACCACCAUGAAAUUUUUAAUUUUUCUUCUUGUCGUUUCCCUUUGUGGUGCCAGCAAGCUUAAGGAUGUUCCAGAAAGAAGAUUAGACCAACGACCCGGUCCAGAGUCGCCCUUAGGUCUCGCAACUGCAAAUGGUGUCUCAUUAAACGUCUCGUCUUUAUUCGACCCCACCAGAGAUGCCAAUACGAAGUACUACAUAUUUCUGAGAAGCUCGUACUGGCGAUGUCUCACUUGCGACUGCGCUUAUGACAAUCAAUCGCCCAAUUUGUUCGUUAAAACGGCCUAUUGUUAUCCAACAGCGAAUCAAUUGUUUUACCUGGUUCCAACGGACGGGAAUGGAAUCUAUGUUAAUACCGACCCUACCACAGGUGGUAAAAAUGGUACUUCCGUGCGAGCUUCGACCACUUACAGAAUCGUGAAUGCGGAAGACCAACGGUGCAUGGAUAUCUAUUACGGGGCGGGAGAUUCGGACGGCGCCGUGGUCAACUGGGUGGUCACGAACGACUGCAGUAGUGCGGAUACACAAAAAUGGAUUUUUACAGAUAUUGCCAGCACGAGUUAUAAUUACUACACAAUUCAAAAUCAGGCAGUUUCUUCGAAUGGUUAUAUAACCACGCGUGGCUACAGUACGAGUGAGGGUGUUCUGGUGCAUUUGUGGGGAUUAAGUGACUCCAGUAGCCCUGAUUGGACGCAAGAAUGGGCUUACACCUCUUAAAUUCAGGGGUAAUGUAAAUCUAUCAUAUUUUAACCUUUGAUAUGUGUAUCAAAGUUAUCUUAAAUUGGGGGUUUUCAUCCAUUAAUAUUUAUUAAGAAAUUUAAAUACAAACAAUUUCACUUUGGGAAAUAAAUGAUUGAUUAAAAAUACGCUUUGUUUUUAAAUUAA